CACAGACUGAAAUCCGAGAUUUUCCGAGAUAUCUGGAGCGAGAGAAACGCCGAGAAGUAAUUACAUAAAAAUGAAGAUGUGGUGGCCUAGUGUUUGGCGUGAUAGGUAAUACACAUCUUGAAUUUAUUGAAGAAUCUUGAUGGCAAAAUGUCCUUUCACUGGUCUCCACAUGAAACAACGACAGGCACAGGCAGGCGUGAGCAGGUAACUGCAUGGAGAAAAUUUUUUAGAAUCAAUUUCUAGAAUGCACUUACACGAUAUGAAGUUUUACACUGUAUUCGCUCUAUCAUGGUCUGAGUUCUACGAUCACUCAUCUUUACUGGUCAACAGAUUCAUACUAGUCUUCAUAUGACAACAGAUAACUGGGAGUUUGUUCGAUUGUUUGUGUAUGGUAACUAAGUUGAUCAAUCAAUCAACCGAUCGCGAUCGUUCUUUUUGAGAAUAUAGCAAGAACAUGUCGAACGUUAGGCAUGCUCGAAAGCCCCCAGACCGCACGCGGUCAAAGUUGCGACUUGGUAAGCCUCCCAUAGACCCGAAUAUCCAGGAUUUUGAUCUCCUAACGAGCCCCCGCCUAAAUGCUCGUGCACAUGCCAGACUCGCGCGCUUCCGCAAGAAUACAGAGGUGCUCUACUUUUACUAGAGUUUUACUUUCUAUACCAUCACGAGCUCGACAUCGUCUAUAAGUUUGAAUAUGAUUAGAGCUGGAUGACUAGCUUGUCAGUCUCAAGGUCACGUCGUUGUCAGCACGGUAUUGUAGGCUAUGUGAGAGAGACAUGCACGUUGGAAGACUGUAACUAGAAAAUCUUCAACAACAAACAAUACAGGAUUUUCUGUCACUAAUGGAGCACUCAGCGACAAGCGACGAAGAUGAAAAUGAUAAUGAGCCUCUGUUUGGUCGUUCUGAUACUCCUGAACGUUUUCAGUCCGCACCAUUUUCGUUGCCGACUAUUAUGGCUUUCAUGUAAUUGUGGAUUCUUCGUUUACCUGCAAGAAUAGAAGUAGUAGUGUUUUUUGCGCUGCUUGUUGUGAAUGAUUAAGAACAGGGAGUAUCGCCGCACUCACUUUCAAUUUCAUCAUGAAUUAUCAGCAAUGAAUCUUCUUCUUUCUAGUUCCCUCGAUUUUACUAGUCCGAUUUUCGACGCAAGAGUGAUGUGAAUUCAGCCUGAAUUAACUAAUGCAGGAAAGGGACGAUCUUCAGUCUCCCUAACUACUUGCUGAACUUACCCCCCCGAAUGGGUAAACUACUACUACUAGUCAUGUUUUAGGGUUCGAGAUAACCGGUCAUACCUACUGACGAGCUCUAAUAAGAAAGGAAGUCGGACGAGCUUCGACAGUUCAACGCUUCCAGGAGCACUGCCAACAACGGUGGGCGGCGGCAACAACUUACGGAACACCUACGUACUUUGCGUGGCUCGAACUCGAUCUUCACAGCAUACGCAUAUCCGCAUUCUGGGUUUUCUGAGUCUUAUCUAAUAUCAAGUCUAAGCAAUGAUCUAGAAUGUAGGUAUCAUAUGUUUAUGUGUGAAGAGCUGAAUGUAUCUGCUCGGAAGUGUGGCGUCAAUAUGCUAACCAAGACUUCUAAGUAUGAUCGAUGACAUCCCAGAUUCCCCAGCCGAGGCACCAUACGGGCAGGGCGACAUAGUUGUGCCUGUGUGUGGGGGUCCAGAGACAAAAAAUGGAGGGAAAUAUGUUGUUGAGUCGGAUGGCGAAAAGGCGAGAUCAACGAGCACUGGCAGUAGCAGAUCCACACCCCUUAAUGGCGCUGCUCCCGGUGCAAUCAAUAAUGCCAAUGCCCAAGAAGAGAAGGGGCCGUCAUUAAGCAAUUCUAGCAGCGGCACUAAUAAAGUAGCCCCAGCAGCUUCAGAUCAGGCCGAAAACAAUGCUAGUACGGUAGAGAAUUUCCGAGACACACCACAGAGAGGCGACUCCGGUGCGGAUGGCUUGACGAGAUCCUGUUCCUCCGAUUCUUCCCUACGACGGAACUCCAGCUUGCCGACGAAACGCUCCUCCCAGCAGUCCCUAGUGAAACGGCGCAUGUCUUCCCCGGGCAUUCUGAAGGAUUCAGAGGAAAAGAAGUGCCUAGUUUUGGGCGGCCGGUCGGUAGUCGGUGGAAACGAUGAAAUUCACGAUUUCCACGGAUUUCGCAAACAAAAUGCCAAGGAAGUGAUCCGCACGUUGCGGAAGACCCUAGAAGCAGCUGACCAACCGAACAUCGCUUCUGGCCGGAGCCUCAUCGACAUGCUUUUUGGUUCCCCGCAUGGCAUCCCACAAACCAAUUUAGAGGACGACAGUCUGCAGGACUGGUAUAUUUAUUAAUUUUAGACUUGAUCUUCAUGAUCAUGUUCAACUUCAGAGACUAUCUGUCAAGUCAGCUGCAUGAGUAAUCGAGAUCGCUUCAACCUGCGCAUUAUUCUGAUUUACCUUGCGCCGACAUCAUCUAUCCCACUCAUAUUGAUAAUCGAUGCAUUUCAGAAAUGAUCACAAAAAAGCAAAAGUCUCUAAUAUUCUUGUUUGUUUUGUUUGUUUGUUUUGAUGCGCUCUGGGCGACGCGUACGAUCCCGCCGGUACGCGACGCGUACUAAUAUUCUUCUAGAGAAGAUGACGAAGUAAAGUAAUAAGAAGUGUGCGGUGCUGAGUGUCCUCGAUCUCAAUAUGUAUCGAAAGGUAUAGAAAAACUGCUGGAUUGCAUACGGUGCAAAAAUGGUUGGAAAACUACCAGAAGCAUCCGUACGGAUGGGGAGCCUUGAUGAUGAUUCACGGGACCGAUGAGGUCUGCUUCCGCUUGCGCACAAAAGUCGAGAAUUACGCAGUAUACGCCGCACUCUUUGUAUCUGCCAGCAUCGUGCUGAUGCUACAGCCAGUAGAUCGUGUCUCAAGAGCGUGCGAAUUCGCAAAACCAGAACAGCUCAUGAAAGACGGUAGAAUGUUGCACUAAUUUUUAGUUGCACUUCCUAACUACGUUUCCAGGUGGGUUUCUACUAACUAGAUUCGUUUCUGAAUGGAGGUCAUCCUUAGUCCUUCUCGGGAUUUACCCCGUCUCCUCCUUUCCAGGAUAAUAAUUGUAGAAUCAUUCAUAUUGAUUGUAAGCGUACACUUUCCCCCUAUCCUCCUGGUCGACACCACUAGGCAAUAGUACGUGUUCAGGAUCUGUGUCAAAACCAUUGUCGUGGCUGAAAACACGGCAGGUGAUCCUUUUUGGUUUGUUUGCCAUGUGCAGACAAGGAUGUAUUUUUACGGCCUCGCGUUUGCCACGGCUGCGCAUAUUCUCGCGAUUUUGUUGGCGAUGGCCUUUAUCAACGCUUUUAAUGAGGCUGGCCGUGACUGUGAUAUCAUUCGCAUGUUUGGAGAGGGAAAGGGGUAUUUGGCAACCGUAAAAUGUGAACGCGCGUUUACGUGUGGUCUCUUAGCGCUGGGUUUCGCUGUCUUCUCCACUUUGUGGCUCUAUUAAGGCAUCAACAUUUUCUUCUAAAUCAAUCGAGAGUCUUGGGGCCCUGUGAUGAGUCUGUAGCUGCCACUAAAAUUGUUGCCUUUGUUACCAGUUUAUACUUGUGAUGAAAACUGGAAUCUCUCCCUGCUUCUAAAUCUCACAUUUUGCAACUACUUACGUGGUCUCAACACAUUCAUGAGUAAAAAGAUCAUCACAACUUUUUUCAAAUGCGAUGCAUGAAGAGUCUAAUCUUUUUUGUCCAUAUUCGACGCGAUUUUCAUCGUGCUCCUGUGGGUUUUCGUGGGGUAUCGGAGGAUCUACGUGCCGACUGUGAACUUGUUGUUUAGUUCAAGUUCGCUGAUUCACUAUUGGCGGUGGGGAAGAGGACAUCGAAGCGGACGCGACCCCUUUAUUCUGGACGUGCCCAUGGAGAGGCUACAGCAAAAGUGUGCGAUCGCGAGGAUGAUUCACGCGGGUGUGUCCACAAACAUGGACACGGAGGAGGACGCGGAGAAACAGAACUUGUGGGAGAGCUAGCUGGGUAUAACAAUACGCAUACCUUCAACGACACGGGACACCAGUGGUAGUUCUAGUCAAACUCGCAGAAGAUGCUAUGCUUUUGAUGAUCUAGCCAUUCGAAGAGGGCUAGCCGUCUUCAGUCUAUGUGGACCUGGACUACUCCUGCUUUGAAGUGAUUACAUCACGUUCUGGGGCCACAUAGCACGCAUAACAACAUAGAAGAGGGUCGAGUCCCUAGAUUUUCGCAUGGCAUGAUGAAGGAGGAAAAAAAAUUCAUUGAGUACAACUUCCAGGAAAGAACAAAAGAAUCGAGCCCAUAAAUUGUUUCAGCACGAGUUUUUAGAACUUGUGUAAGUACACGGAGACGACCACUAUGGCAAGAAAAAGUAGAGCAUAGAAGUGCGCAUCGAUCCCAAGGUAGCUUUCCGACGUGCAUCAACAUAGAUACUUAGGUUAUUACAAGAACCACCUCGCGAUUGUACAGAGACUGUCAUAGUUGGCGCAUGACUCUACUAUACUUUAUAUUCGUUGGACAACUUCUAUUGAAAACUGCAUGUCAUGCUAAUUCCACUAAGCACCGUUAGUGCUGUCGAUUUUCCGUGAUGCAAUCGAUCAGACAUCUUCAUACUGAAUUUAUCUAGAUAUUGCAACAUCACUUCUUCUGCUCGAACUCAGCUGGACUUGUAGUUGUACAGAUGUUGUACAGAAGAUGAACAUAUUAGAUCGUGCAAAUCAUGACUGGCGCCGUCUUGAACGAGACCCCUAUAUCCUCUCCUCCUCAAAAAUGAAAGCCAAAAGAAUAUGACGAAGGUGGUUGCACUCGAGUCACCACACGGUGAAGUCCGG